AUGGCGCCGGACGACGACCCCGUCGCGGAGCUGAUCACGGCCUUCGCCGAGCUGAACUCCGGCGCCGUCGAGGAGCUCGACGGCGAGCCCGGCCCGCUCGAGUUCAUGCGCUUCGUCGCGCGCAACACGCCCUUCGUCGCGCGGGGCGCCGCCGCCGACUGGCCGGCCGCGCGCCGGUGGACCGCCGCCUACCUGCGCGAGCAGCUGGCCGGGCACCGCGUCAACGUGGCCGUGACGCCGGGCGGCCGGGCCGACGCGCCGGAGCCCGCGCCCGGGGGCUUCGUCUUCGCGCAGCCGCACGAGGAGGAGCAGCCCUUCGGCGCGUUCCUCGCGCACGUGGUCGCGCAGGAGCAGGGCGGCGAGGCUGCGGCGGCGGCGGCGCGCGAGGUCUGGUACGCGCAGACGCAGAACGACAACCUGCGGGGCGAGUACGCGACGCUCGCCGCGCAGGUGCCGCCGUCGGUGCCGUUCGCGCGCGUCGCGCUGCGCCGCGCCCCCGACGCCGUCAACCUCUGGAUCGGCAACUCGCGCUCCGUCACGGCCCUGCACCGCGACAACUACGAGAACCUGUAUGUCCAGGUCGCCGGCCGCAAGCACUUCGUCCUGCUGCCGGCCCUCUGCCAGCCCUGCGUCAACGAGCGCCGCCUCCCGCCCGCCGUCUACGUCCGCGAGCCGGACGGCGCCCUGCGCCUGCGCGCGCAGCCCGACGCUGACUGCGUGCCCUUCCCCCUGUGGGACCCAGACGAGCCGGACGUCCUCGCCACUAAGUACUCCCACCUGGCGCGCCCCCUGAGGGUCACCCUCGAGCCCGGCGAUAUGCUGUACUUGCCGGCGAUGUGGUACCACAAGGUGUCCCAGUCCUGCUCGGAGGAGGGCAUCUGUGUCGCUGUAAACUACUGGUAUGACAUGGAGUUCAGCGGGCCGCUCUACCCCCUGGUUGAGCUUGUCCGUAGACUGGGACACGCGACAGCAGCAGCCUCGACAACACCAAUGACAGCGGCCGCGAUGGAAUGA